AUGAGAGUAGGCAAGGGCUGUGGAAGGUGUCGUCAUCGACAUAUUCGAUGUGUGAUUCCCACCGGUGCAUCAACUUGCACUCCAUGUUUGCGACUUGGUCGGGCGUGUCAUCUUGAUCCCCGCUUCCAGUUCAAGCCUGUUCACCACGUUUACCAGAAAAGUAAUGGUGCUACUGCUCGAUUCGAACUGGAUUGGGAUAAAGAGCAAGUUUGGGUGGACGUGUCACAGCCAGUGACAUUCGUCCUUGAGGCGAAUGAGGAAUCGGCUGGAGACGACCGUAGUGCUGUAGAACAAUGCAACACGCCAGCCCUAGAAUCGGUUGGGGAUGAACAUGGUGCUUUGGAACAAUAUACUCCAGCAUCAGACCCGGUAUCAAAUGGUCGCAGUGUAUGGACUCAAGAUUUUCAAUCGGAGAACACAUAUCACGCUCAAGCUCGCAGCCCAGUUUAUGAGAGUCGACCUCACCAGGACAUUACGAACAGUCCAAUCAGCCUCGUGUCAGACAAUGGCUCUACACUGACACUAAGAGAGGCCUCACUGAUCCGCUACUUCAUCCAGAAACUAGCCCCCUGGGCCGAUGUUUGUGAUAUUAAUUCACAUUUCAGCACUGAAGUCCCAAGGCGGGCAUUGGGGAAUAACAUGGUAUUGCAAGCCAUCCUAGCUCUGUCGGCGCGACAUGAUGCCAUCUUGGCCAACGAUAGUGACUGGGAGGCCUCGGCUUAUCAUGGUCAAUGCUUGAAAUUAUUAAUCGCAGCAUUGGAUAAAGCCGAGACAAAUUGUGACGAGAACAUGCUCAUUGCGGUCGUGAUUCUUCGCAUAUAUGAGGAGCUGGAAACGAACUCCGACCAACAGUUUCACCUGCUUGGGUCCAAUCGUUUGGUGAAUCUUAUGGCCCGCUCUGCGACCUCUGGAGGGGUUGCAGAGGCAGUCAGCUGGCAGUUCUUGCGACAAGCUAUUUAUGCAUCGGUAGUACAGCAUCAACCUUUACAACUCGACUUGCAGAAUUACGAGCGCUCGUCAAUGUUUCACUGCCACAAUGAUGCUGCUUGCGCUAAUAGAAUCAUAUAUCAUUGCGCUCGCAUCCUACAACUAUGCUGCGAUGCGCCUGGACAUAUUGUGGCACAGGAUACCUGGCGCCAAAUAUCGGACAGCGUGAACGAGUGGAAUCACGCAAAGCCCACAACCUGGCAACCUAUUAGGUACCAAGCAUUAAGCGUGGCUGAUGGUCGGCCUUUCCCAGUUAUAUGGAUGAUAUCCCCGCCGGCAGUGAUUGGAAUGCAGUAUUAUCACUCGGCCUGUAUUUUCCUCACCUUGUCUGAAUCUCCAUCGCAAAGUAUGAGCGAUUAUGAAAGGGCCCGUACAAGGCGUGUGCAGGAGAAAACGAUUGCCGAUCAUCUUGUCAUGGUUAUCGGCUUGUCGCUGUCCAACGAAAGCGUAGAGAAUGCCUAUUUCAUGGCAUCACAUUUAUUACAUCGCUCAAUGGAGACUGAAUCAUGGGAAGUGCUUGUGCACAAGAAGCAACUUGAGGACGCUGCUAAAAUUCCAACUGAAUGGCGAAUCCCGGAACAACUGACCCAGAUAUCCGAGACAUCUGGGAUGAAUGUGUUAGGUGUUCCACGCCAGUCGGGAAUUUUGUCGGCAAGACAACUCGAGAUAACCGAGAAAUAUGAUGCAACUGAUCUGCUUGCCAAGAUCCAUUGUCAAGAGCUCUCUGCCUAUGAGGUCACUGAAGCAUUUUGCAUUCGCGCUGCGAUUGCACAGCAAGUGACUCGAUGCCUCACGGAGACUUUCUUUGACCGUGCCUUACAACGCGCGAAAGAUUUGGAUGAGAUAUUAUCUAAAACAGGGACACCUGUUGGGCCGUUGCAUGGGUUGCCCAUCAGUUUCAAGGAUUGCUUCAACAUUGAUGGUGUUCCGUCCACGAUUGGGUUUACUUCGUUUAUCAAAAACGGCCCUGUGAAUUCAACCUCUCCGGUAGUUCAGAUUCUGCUUAACCUGGGAGCUGUCCCAUAUGUGAAGACAAAUGUUCCCCAGACAAUGAUGGCCGCUGAUUCGCACAAUUUCGUGUUCGGCCGGACCCUCAACCCCUAUCGAUCGAAUCUUACCGCUGGUGGGUCGACUGGGGGAGAAGGGGCAUUGAUUGCCAUGAGAGGAUCGGUGCUGGGUGUUGGUACAGACAUUGCUGGCUCCAUUCGAAUCCCAGCUAUCUGCAACGGGAUCUACGCAUUGCGACCUUCCGCGGACCGCAUUCCAUAUGGGGGCCAGACUAGCUCUGCUCGUGGAGGCUUGGCUGGGAUCAAGGCUUGUGCAGGACCCUUGACAACAUCAGUCAGAGAUCUGGAGCUGUUCAUGAGACUGGUGACUAAUACAGACCCAUGGCAAUUGGAUUCUUCGGCUUUGUUUUCGCCAUGGCGCACCAUUUCCCCCAAGUCCGCCCUGCGACUCGGGUUUAUCGAGGAGGAUCCCCAUUUCCCUUUGCAUCCACCGGUUCUGCGAACACUUACAAAAGCAACUGAAAAGCUCCAAGCGGCUGGAAAUGAGAUCAUCCCCCUGAAGCCCCAGCUUAUUCGAGAUGCCUGUGCGCUGGCAUUUCGUAUGUACUCGAUGGAUCCAGCUCAGACUCCAUUUAAGCACAUUGCUGCCAGUGGGGAACCCAUCAUCCCUGCUUUGGCUUCGACAUCUCUGCACCAUAGCUACAUGCCAUAUGGGUAUGCCCCAUUGACACUUGAAGGAUUGUAUGACCUCAACGAGGAGCGCAAUUACAUCAAGGAAGAGUUUCGCAAUCUCGUUAUCCAGGCAAAAGUCGACGCCAUUAUCAUGCCCGGCUACCAAGGUACCGCUCAACCUCAUGAUCUGUUUGGCUUUGUGCCCUACACCGUCCUUUGGAACGUGAUGGAUUACCCGAGCUGCAUCAUUCCGCAUGGGAAGGCGAAUAAGAGCGCCGACAAGGCAUUCAUUCGGAGUGUGAACUACAAACCUCCCUAUGUGGCUGAUGACAUCGAGGGAGCACCGUGCUGUGUGCAGCUUGUUUGUAGGAACAUGCACGACGAGGAAUUGGUGAAAGUGGCGGAAAUUGUGUCCAAGACACUGGAGCUUUGA